UAUUCAGGAGGAAGACACGGAUCCGAGAGUUCAGAAAGGUUCGAGAGUUUUUCAGUCGAUGCGAGUUAAUUUUCCCGCCUUUGAGCAGGGAAUUUAUCUACUUAAGGUAUUGAAAUCAUUAAUCGAGAUCUAUCUGCGAUCAUUUUAACAAGCGGUGAGGAUUCUGGGUGAUGACAUCUGCGAGAUUUCGCCUUACGCGGCCAUGAAAACAGAACAUGCGUAAAAUUAUCGUUGUGAAGUUGAGCUUACUUUCCUUCUUGUACGUCGUAGCAGUGUUGAAAACAGGGCAUGGAAUGCCAAUAUCGUCAUUUAGUAAAGAUGCGGGGAAUGGUAUUCAACUUACAGAGAGUAAAAACUUAUCAGAGUCAUCAAACCGGAAUAACUCAAGACUAAACAACUUUACAAGCAAUAAACUACAGACAGAUCCAGUCAUCACAAGGACAAACACUAUUAAGCAGGUGACAUCACCCUUGACUUUUCCAACAACCCACACACAAGGGAAUUUAUUGGGUACAGGAUUUCAAGACAGGAAAACAAAUGUCUCCAGCACAAACAUCACUACAACUGUUAAGACUCCCCUAAGUUCUGCAGAACUAACAGACCCUAGAACUAUAACAGAAAAUUACACCUUGUCAACUGUUUUGCCAACUAAACUUCAUCCAAAGAAGCAUCAUUUUCGCAUGAAACUACUUGGUUACAUUCUCAUACCAGUGGGAUGUUUGUUGACCAUCAUGAUCACAUACUGUUUGGUUCGUCAUGUGCAGAAGGUACGAAGGAAGCGAAGGCUUGAACGGGAGCUGGUACAUCAGUACUCUUAUCCAAACAGUGAAGCUGAUGAUGCAGAAGAACAGAAUAUUGGAGACUUUGAAAGUAUCAUUAACACCCAGUUUGUUGCCUUCAGUGAUCGCUCAGACAAAAAUCUUUAUGAGGAUCCUCAGGCAGAGGUGAACUUAGCCUUUGAGGAAAGUUCGAAACUGGUGGUUCAAGAACCUACUUUUUCUAUUCCAGAUGAACUUGAAGUUUGAGCAAGUUUUACCAGUUGAUUUGAAGACCUGAUGUGGACCUGCAAGCACUAAACCUGUUUUAUGUCAAUAAAGUGGC